ACAUUGAAUGUUUAGCAUCACCUCUUUGGAUUUUUGAAUGUGAAUUGGAACCACUGCAUUUCUAGGAACCAAAUGGGAAAUCUUUUAAAAGUUCUCACUUGCACAGAGCUUGAUCAGGGGCCAAAUUUUUUCCUUGACUUUGAAAAUGCACAGCCCACAGAUGGAGAAAGGGAGGUAUGGAAUCAGAUCAGUGCAGUUUUACAGGACUCGGAAAGUAUGCUUGCAGACCUUCAGGCUUACAAAGGAGCUGGACAAGAAAUUAGAGAUGCAAUACAAAACCCCAAUGAUAUCCAGCUGCAAGAAAAAGCAUGGAAUUCAGUAUGUCCUCUGGUUGUAAGGCUGAAGCGCUUUUAUGAGUUUUCACUCAGAUUAGAGAAAGCCCUGCAGAGCUUACUGGAGUCCUUGACGUGCCCACCUUAUACUCCGACUCAGCACCUGGAACGGGAACAGGCUCUAGCGAAAGAGUUUGCAGAAAUCUUACAUUUUACUCUUCGUUUUGAUGAACUUAAGAUGAGAAACCCAGCAAUUCAGAAUGACUUCAGUUAUUAUAGGCGGACAAUAAGUCGCAACAGAAUAAACAACAUGCACCUAGACAUCGAGAAUGAAGUAAACAAUGAAAUGGCCAAUAGGAUGUCCCUGUUUUAUGCAGAAGCCACACCAAUGCUGAAAACACUCAGUAAUGCAACUACACAUUUUGUAUCAGAAAACAAAACGUUACCAAUUGAAAAUACGACGGACUGUCUAAGUACUAUGGCUAGCGUAUGUAAAGUCAUGUUGGAAACACCAGAGUACAGGAGUCGAUUCACCAGUGAAGAGACCCUUAUGUUCUGCAUGCGAGUAAUGGUGGGAGUUAUUAUUCUGUACGAUCACGUUCAUCCUGUGGGAGCUUUCUCAAAGACAUCAAAGAUUGAUAUGAAGGGAUGCAUAAAAGUUUUAAAGGAACAACCACCUGAUGCUGUGGAAGGACUUCUGAAUGCUCUCAGGUUCACUACAAAACACCUGAACGAUGAAUCUACUUCAAAACAAAUUCGAGCUAUGCUGCAGUAGUAUCCUGAGACAGUAGAUGUUUGUAUUGAUCACAGAAGAUGUGUAUGUUUACAUAAUUUAAUACAGUUUGAUGUUAAUACUUGUGUGUAUUUACAUAACCAUUUUCUUCACAUUGCUAAAAUAUAUGAAUCUGUUCAUAACCUGACUGACUUUAUAUAGUGCAGCUUAAGUUUUUAUGCUAGCCUUUAUCUUUUGACUUUUAAAAUACUUUUUUACUUAGAUACUUCAGCUACAACAGUUUAUCUGUACAUUUUAAUCCUUAAACACCUUCUCUAUCAGAGAAGCAAGUAGUGGUAAAGACAAAAUGGAAAUCAAAUAAACUGAAAUGUCAAAGAUACCACAGAAAAGGAACUUUAAGGACAGAGGAAGUUAAUAUAAGAGAAAGUAAAAUUCAUUGGAUAUGUUUUAAGAACAUGUGCACAGUUUUUUAGUCAGUUAGUUUUAGGAUCUCAUCAAACUCAUAUGAAUAGGAGAAUACCUGAAUGUUCAUUACUCUCAUAAAAUACCGUGUCUUUCCUGUAGUAAGUGGAGAUCCACGUAAUUUUAAGGAUUAUGUGCUGGCUGACAUCCAAAAACGUAUUGCAAAGAGGUCAUUUUACCUCUUUUAUUAAGUAUAACCUGUACCUUUCAACCAUUGAGGAAAUUAAUAUCCUCUUUCAGAUUCAAUAUAAAUAAACAGAAAAUGUGUUUUAAGACCAUUGCUAGAUUUUGAAAAUUCUGUACUAUUUUGUUAGAUAUAGAAAGGAAAGGGAAAAUACUAAUGCCUUGACUUCACUAGAAAGGGUUUGUCAGUGUAAAUAUAUCAUGAUGAACAUUAUCUCUUAGACGGCUCUACCUGGUAAGUAAUUUUUUUACUGAUAAAAACCAUUAUAAAGCAGAACACGCUUCUGUAGCAGCAAACUUCCCUAGUAUCAAAUUGACCUCAUCAGACUAGGGAUAAUAUAAAUAAGUUUUAAGAGAUGAGCUGUUCUUUGCCACUCCAUCAAGUUCCUUGAUAGUAUUAUUCAUUAGAUGAUUCAGAGUCAACACAGAAAUAUAUAACAGCUGACUGCUCUUCAUUGGUUUUUGAGACGUGAUUGGUGCUUCAAGGAGUUGAGUUCCUUGCUGAGUUGUUUGUUCUUACUUUCUAGUAAUUUUUGCAGUAAAUGGAAUAGAAAUACUUUGCCAAAAGCAGCAAACUGCUCAUGCUCUGUUAAGUGUGUCUUCUGGGUGGUCUGCAGUUGCUGUACAUGUUCUUGCAGAGGUCACGUUCUGAAAAUGUGUUCGAUUUUGUGUACCUUGCUUGCAUGUAUGUGUGAAAACUCCAGUGCUUUUGCACAGAUUCAGAUUUGUAUUUGCUUAUUCCUGUGUACGUAAAUCAGGGUUUGUGUGCUGUCACUGGAAUUUUCAUGCAUAUCACUUCUAAAAACAUAUACCUUAAGAUUUUGAAGAUGUAUUUCGUCUGCUGAAACUCGGCUGCACUGUGACAAAUUCAGUUGUUGAACUCAGUCCUUUAACAGUAUUAAUACCAUGAGUUCUUUGGAGUAGGAGUUGCCUUAGAGUUUAUUUCUGAGCAGAACGACCACUAUGAGGUUUCUCAAGCCUCAUCAGGACUCAUAGGCACCAACGUUGCAUGUGUCGUGAUAGUGGACAGCACCUCAACUCCAGUGUUCAUGUCACACAUCUGCAGUUGUAGCAGCAGAUCGCUAUAUUGUCAGUAACAGAAUUAGAAAUCACGCUAUUUUUUUUCUUUUUCUGGAAGCAGUGAUCACACUGCUUUUUCACAGUAGUAAAUCCACUGUUUACAAACUCCAUUUUUAAUGGGGGGACAUUUACAAAUGUAUAUUAGGGGAAAUCCUGCUUUGUUCAUAGUCACUUCCAGUUAGGUAAAUCUAGGUGGAUGACAGGUCAUUCUGUUGAGCUUUGGUAACUAAAGUUAAUACAUGCUUUACAUGCACUUAUUUGUCAAACAAUGAAGUCUUAUCUUUAAGUAGCCCAGAGGAAAGCUAUUUGUCACUUGUAUAAUAAAAAUGUAAACCUUAAAGCAUUCUGCGAGUUGUCGUGUGCUGUUUGCCGAAGUCACUGAAUUUCUUUGCCUGCUAUGAUGUUUUUGUACAGAAGUUUGUUUGAAAUAAU